AUCGCACUACUUGUGUAUGGGUUUGUCUGGAUUAGCUAAAGAGAAUGGAGCCCAUUGACAGUAUCAGGAAUAGAGAAAUCAUUGCAACUGAGCAGUUAUUUUUUGACCAAGAUAAUGUUCUUCAGCUACAAGAAGUGAUCCCAAACUAAUCUGUAAUUUAAUUUAAAUCAAUAGGCUUGCUUGGCAUUACUGGACAAUAUUAGGAUCUGUUUUCUUGGUACAUUAAUGCCUGGUCAUUGGCUUUUGACUUGAUUUUUUGGAAGUACUGAACACUCAGAACUCCCAUUGAACAUUGUUAUAAUAAACAACUGCGGACUCUCUCAAUCUGACCACAUAAUAUGGUUUUAUCUGAAAAAGUUAGCCAGCUGAUGGAGUGGGCCAGCAAAAGAGCCGUUAUCCGAAUGAACGGAGACAAGUUUCGUCGCCUUGUAAAGGCACCACCAAGAAAUUACUCAGUGGUUGUGAUGUUCACUGCUCUUCAGCCUCACAGACAAUGUGCCGUGUGCAAGCAAGCUGAUGAAGAAUACCAGAUUCUGGCAAACUCCUGGCGAUACUCCAGUGCAUUUACCAAUAAGGUUUUUUUUGCCAUGGUGGAUUUUGAUGAAGGCUCAGAUGUAUUUCAGAUGCUAAACAUGAAUUCAGCUCCAACCUUCAUUAACUUCCCAGCUAAAGGGAAACCCAAAAGGGGUGACACAUAUGAGCUGCAGGUGCGAGGUUUUGCGGCCGAGCAGCUUGCUCGCUGGAUAGCUGAUAGGACUGAUGUCAAUAUUCGAGUGAUAAGACCCCCAAAUUAUGCUGGUCCCUUGAUGUUGGGUCUGCUGCUGGCAGUCAUUGGUGGCCUUGUGUACUUACGGAGAAGCAACCUGGAUUUUCUCUAUAACAAAACUGGCUGGGCUUUUGCUGCUUUGUGUUUUGUGCUAGCAAUGACAUCAGGCCAAAUGUGGAACCAUAUCAGAGGGCCACCAUAUGCUCAUAAGAAUCCCCAUACAGGACAAGUGAACUAUAUCCAUGGAAGCAGCCAAGCCCAAUUUGUGGCUGAAACACACAUUGUUCUACUGUUUAAUGGUGGUGUUACUUUAGGAAUGGUACUCCUGCAUGAAGCUGCUACCUCUGAUAUGGAUGUGGGGAAAAGAAAAAUAAUGUGUGUAGCUGGUGUUGGCCUGGUGGUAUUAUUCUUCAGCUGGCUGCUCUCUGUCUUCAGAUCUAAAUACCAUGGCUACCCAUACAGUUUCCUGAUGAGUUAAAGGAUUCCACAGGCUGGGAAAG